AUGGCGCCACCCGCACCUCGUACACCUUUAAGACGCGUCUCCCAGGGCUCUCUCUUCCGCCUAUCGCGAUCGUCUUCGCGUGCAUCUACUGCUCGGCAUGGUGAAUCUAGUGCUCCUGCGGGACUGGAAUUUCUCCCGCCUGCCCUUGCCGAACUAUGCGAUGAGGCCGAAACUCUAAGUACAGCGGCCGGCCAGCUCGCGGGUUUAGGCCAAAGUCUGGCCGAGUUCAAUGAUGCGUUCGCUAGUUGGAUGUACAUCCAGGGCAUGAACGGACUAUGCGUCGAGUGGCAUGAGGCGCCCAACGAUGCGUCAUUCGAGAUGGCAAGACGGCGAGCAGAACGCGCAGCCGAAGAGGCACGGGCGCGAUUGGAAGCCGCGAGACGAGAAGCAGAGCGCGAAAGGGAGAGAGCUGCGGAGGCGGAACGCACGGCUGCUGCUGAAACGACUGUCGCGGCAGACACAACGGUCAACACCGCAGCCGGGACGAAGAAGGUGUUGGUCAAGAAGGGGAAGAAGCCGGCGUUAAGCGCGAAGGAAAAGAAAGCGCGCUCGAUGGCUAUUGACAAGGCCGUCAUGAGUUUACCCCUCGAGUUCCGCGGGAACGACCCGACCCUACGCAAGAAUGUUGAGACGGUCAUCGAACUGCUUAUGGACGGAGGCGGUCGUGGGUUGAAGAUUCUCGAGCUCGUGAAGCCUCCCGACGUCAACCAAGCGCGCGCCAACAAGUGCCUCAUAGCUCUUGUAAACCGCAAGAUUGUGCGUAAGGAUAACUCAACAGGCGCGGUGCUCUAUCAUUGGGUAGGCCUCCCGGAGUGA